AUGUAUGAUAUAACGAAAGCAAAGAGCAUGUGUCUCAAUUUGUCAUACCUGUCUCCUCAAUACGUCGUUCUGGCAACACCUGAUACUCAAGACCUGUCUGGAACGUACGUUGAGAUAUCUUUCAUUGCUCGUUUCGUCACUUUUCUUGGAGUUUUAGGAGUAGCAGUUAUAAUCACUUGCUUUAUACUGAAAUCUUUGGGAGCUUGUCAUGAUGAAAGUUAUGAAGUAACCGAGAGCGAUCCAAUUUCUCAACAUCAGGAAGUAAAAUCAAUUUAUGGAACAUAUGAAGAAGAGGCAAAUUGUGAUAGAUCAAGUUCUUCAGAGGAUUUAUAUGAUGGAAGAAUAUGUGUUAUCUGCUAUGACAAUUCAAGAAACUGUUUCUUUGUUCCUUGUGGUCAUUGUGCAACUUGCCAAGUAUGUGCCCAAAGGUAA